AUGUUGUUUUUUUUCAUAAUUUUUCUUGCAUAUGAAAUCUCUCGUCUGUGGGGGUUUCCUUGCAUUAUAUUACAGUAUAUAAUCACAGCAAUCUCAAAUUCAGGUUCCUAUUUAAGUUCCUCCUUUCUACUCAAAUUAUUUUUUUUUUCUUACUCCUUUUCUUCUCUGUCCCCUACACCUUCUCUCCCUCCUUCCUUUACUGCCCCCCCCCCGUCAUUUGCUGGUGUGAUCCCGAAAUUUUCGAGUACAACAAAAUAUCUUUGGUGUUUUGGUGGUUUUUUUGCAGAGCAACGGUACCGGCUACGCUGGGCUGCGCAACGAAGACGAAGCUCCGAAAGGGCUGUUAUUUUUCAGUGUAAAAUUCGCCGUUUUCUCCCCUUGAGACAUUGGGUACUUAAUUUUAAUAGUAAAUAUGCAAGCCUAUUAUUUGAUCGAACACUAGUUUCCGUGUCAAAUUUAUGUCUUAUUUUCAUGUAG